AUGCAAACCGUGAAUGUUGACAAGAAUACAGGGAUUAGUUGCGACUGUGAGUUUAACAAACUCACGAUUAAAGAAGAUAUAGUGGAAUGUUGCACAUUGUUGACUAGCGAGGUCACGACUAGACUCGAGUCGUACAAGAAGGAACUAUCUGCUAUAGUAGACGUGAAAGAUAAGAAAUUAGUACAGGUUGUACAGGAAUUGAGCGCUAGAAUUGAAUCCUUGAGCAAAGGAAUUAAAGCCAUCACUCCUGAUAGUAUGGAGAAAACUGGUGACAGUGUACACAUUAAGAAGAAUGAGAAUCCUAGAAUACAGAAUGGUAAUAGGGAGACACCAACAUUACCUGACAGAGAUCCUAGUCACAAUGAUGUGAUGUUAUUUGGGAUCUCUCAUGAAAUAAAACAACUUGCCGAAGCAGUGAGAUCCAAGAACGAGUCAUGUGUUACCAAGAGCUCGGUAGAACAGAUGAUAAGGGACUUGAGCGAAGAGCACCACAGAGACUUCUCUUCUCUCAGUACCAAAUUAGAUCAGCUCUUGAGUCAGUUCAGAGACGACGGUGCAGAAGUCAGAGCCAGUAUUGGUGAAAUAAAUGAUAGAAUGGAUACCUCUCCUGUGCGAUCCAGCGGACAGGCAGCUCAGCCCGGUUCCAAUUUCCGAAGAAGGAACGACCAAUACAGCAUCCAGCCUACCAGUAGUAAUAACUUCAGAAACACUCAGCCCACAAACUUACAGAGUGUAGGGAUAAGUGAGAUGCAAAAACAACUUUGGGCCGCAGUCAAUAAAUUAGAUUGGCCGAAGUUUUCAGGUCAAGGUGAAUAUGACCACACAGAGUUUAUUGACUGGAUUGAUGACUGCAGAGACGAGACAUCCAUUCCCGACGAAUACAUUCAAGUUAAGUUACUCUCUAUCCUGACAGGCGUAGCGAGUCAGUGGUACAAAAGUAUGAGGAAAGAUCAUAAAGAUGAGAAGUGGGAUUUCUGGAGAGAAGAAAUCCGCAAACAAUAUGGCACCUCGAAUUGGAUGCGCAAGAAACAAGAGUCCUUCGAGAAAGACAGAUUUGAAACAAGAGUCCUUCGAGAAAGACAGAUUUAUACCUGGAGAAACACCAGUAUCGUCCUGGGUCACUAG